GACUCUUUUCUCGAAUGUCCGACGUUCUUCCGUCAAAAGUAAGAAACCCGAGCAGAGCCACCGCCUAGUCGUCGCGCAUCCUGCUCCAUUGUCUCCGUCUCUCUGCACUCCACCAGCCAUGUCCACCGCCGCACGCCGACGAUUAAUGCGCGACUUCCGCAAGCUUCAGAACGACCCGCCGUCGGGCGUGUCAGGCGCCCCCAUGGACAACAAUAUCAUGCUCUGGCAGGCCGUCAUCUUCGGACCGGAUGACACGCCCUGGGAAGGCGGCACCUUCAACCUGACGCUUGAAUUCAGCGAAGACUACCCUAACAAGGCGCCGACUGUCAAGUUCAUUACGAAAAUGUUCCACCCCAACAUCUACAACGACGGCCAGAUCUGCUUGGACAUCCUGCAGAACCAGUGGUCUCCGAUAUACGACAUCUCGGCCAUCCUCACGUCCAUCCAGUCGCUGCUGUGCGAUCCCAACCCGAACUCGCCCGCCAACUCGGAGGCCGCUCGCCUGUUCCAGGAGAACCGACGGGAGUACAAUCGCCGCGUGCGCGAGAUCGUCGAGCAGAGCUGGCAGGCCAUCGCAUAAAAAGCUCGCUCGUCGGACUCGCCGCAGCGUUGUAUGGCACUGCACAGCCUCUUCUCCACUGCUUGGGAUCUUGCGUGCUCGUCAUUUCUUGUUAAUGCGUUCUCUCUCUUCCUUUUUACUCCCGCUCCAAGCCGACUACAUAGACCCAAAAGCAAAGAUUGCGUCGUGCAGAUCACGAGCGAUGAUGUCAGAGGAUGAGCAGUAAGAUAAAACAGAGCAGUGCAGUAGCAAUGGAAAGAAGACCAGGAAAGACAAUGAACUAGGCCACGAGGAACUAAAACUGAAGAGAAAUACUCUGUUGCAAGCUGUUCCUUGUUGUUUCUGUUAGCUAGCAAACGGAGCUACUGCAGCUUCCUCUACGCUCUCAAGCAAUUGGUUAGACUGGGCUUGAACUGGAUUAAAGCGUGGCUUGAUUGCAGGCGCCUUGACGGACCCUGACGCAGCAGCAGAGGCUGCAGCAGCACCGAAGGAAGACAGUUGAAUAUCGCAUCCCAAGUCACGUAGAGCAGCGUAGGCUUCGUCACCACAGCCGCGAUACUGCUGAGCGUCGCGAAGCAAUGGCUCGAUCGCUGGUUCAUCGUGCAAGAAUCUCGAACGUAACUCCACACUACGAGCCACCAUGUUCCGUACUGCUAGACUCGCUUGGCGGAGCACAGCCACGUCACGGUGAUGAGCCUGCAUGGCUCGCGCGAUUCGUCGAAUAGCCCCGAGCUCGACUAGUGCACGACUAUUCUCUGGAGAGCGCAGCGCAAUAGCAGCCAGCGUUGCGCACGCGUUUUGUUGGAUGGAUGCGUCGGCUUCAUGGCGCCGCAUGACCAGCAAAGUCCGUUCGACACCUCCAGACUGAAGAAUCGCGCGCUUUAGAUCAUCCGCAGCCGCCACGUUCCUGAAAACUGUAAUACAGCGUUUGGCUACGGGAGCGCUGUGCUCAUACGCUUGCAUGACGUCUUGUACAAUGGUUAACCCAUCUAGAUCGGCGAUCUGUUGGCAGUUUUCCUCAGUUACAGCGAGCUGCUUAAGUACUGCAAGCCAGUUAACGAGCAGAUCCGGUGAUGUCUGUGUUGCAUCAGUGCAUCGUACUUGGCGCAGCACAUCUAAGCUGUACGAAAUCACAUUACGCUCAACGAGAGCCUUGAUGGUAUCUUGCGCCUGCGAGAACGUCGCUCGUGGAUCGUCGUUGAUAGUCAAUACUCGAAAGCAUAGCGCCAAUUGCUUCGACAGCACCUCGUUAGCCUUUGCGCUCUCUAAAUACCUGCAUAUAGCUUCAAUGCCACCUGAUUUUGUAAAGUG